AUGGCGGCCGCAGUAGCAGUGCCCAUUGCGGCUCGAUUUUACACUCCUCCUGCAAUCUCGUCUAAUGGCCAGAUGAAGCUUGUACCCCGGCCUUUGGUCGCAACCAACUGGCAGGCAGUUCCUUCGUCAGUCGGUGGAGUAUUGCAAAGGCAAGCCGUCGUCCAGGCACCAGAGGCACCCGUGCAGUGGCGGCAGCUGCAGACUACCGCGUCGUCAGCCACAUCGAAGGUUCUCGUGGUAAAGGAGCCUGGGGAUGCGGCUCGCAGCCCAACCGGCUCAGUGCAGGAGGCCCGCUCUGGUCGGUGUCCAGAGCCAUCGCCAGAGCGACAGGAAGGCUCGCCAGAAAGCCAACUGGAAGCAUCGUCAAGCAAAGCCAAACUUGACUAUGUGGUCGCCGGUGUUGCGAAUUUGCGACGAAGCUUAGAACGCCAACUUGAUCAUCCCCGCGGUGAACGUUUGGACCUGUUGCUGGAGGAGGCGAAGAAGCUUUCUGCCGAUUUGCAGCCGUUCGUGUCCUUGUCCAACGAGUUCAAAUCAAAAUGGGAUUCGCAGAAGGCUGCGAUCCUGUCUCAAAAGAAGACUGAAAUCGAUGCGCAUCUUCAGCGAGAAGACGACAUUGCGCAAGCCGAAUUCGCAAAGACAGCCGAAGUGGAGCUGCGCGCCCUCGCCACGGCUGAGGAGCAGCGUGGUGGCACGGCCCGUUCGCAGGAACUCGAGGCGAUCCUUCGUCAAGCAGUGGAGACUUGGCGGGCGGAGGUUCACGGCGCCAGCCUCGUGAGCAAGACAGAUGUAGAGAAGGCCGUUCGCACGUGCUUGGCACGUGUCGUUGCCUGGACGUCGACGCAGGAACAACGCAUGGUCGCCACUUGGAAGGAGACCGCUCGGCAGCUGGUGUUGGAAGUCCACAAAGCGGAUGCGAACAGCUUCCAAGCGCUGGAAGACACGUUGUCCGCACGCAGGGCCAUCGUGGAUGAUCUUCUGACACGCCAGCGACGCGAACUGACAAAUGCAUACCGACAAAUGCAGGACAACCUAACCCACAAGACGCGCGAGAUGCUGCAGUCAGACCGUGAAGUUCAGCGGAAGAGGGACAGCAAGGCAGACCGCAGGCUCAUACUGAAGGAAGCCCAACAAGCAGCCAGAAGUAGAGUGGAGGUUGCCAAGGCAGAGUCUCUCAAGGCCUUGGAUGCCCAUACACAGCUAUGCUGCUCAAAAGUGGAUCGCUGGGCUUCCCUGUUCCUGCUGAAGAAGUCGCUGCUUCAGGAAGUAAUCGGAGAAAUAGGUCCAAUGCUUGCCGCAAACCUCGAUGACGAGCUGCGAACUACAGUGGCUCAGAUUCGGCAGCGGCAGAACCAAAGAGUUGGCGAUGCUGAAGAUCCACCUCAGCGAGGAGUGGGCUCAGAAGAGUUGGAAGACGGAGAAGGGCCUGCAGCCAGCCCUGAAGAAAGUGCGGAGCUGGAAGCCAUGCGACGCAGUCGAAUGACCCACGAGCUGAAAGACCUGAAGGAUGAAGUUGAGGCGAUGCUUGCGGCUUCGAGGGACCGGAAGUCCUGGAAAAGGGACAUAGACGAGGCUGCGGCGAAGGGCUUGAUCCUACUCCAAGAUGCCAAAGCUGCUUUGGAGGUUCAGUCGCAGAUUUUUCAAAAGGCAGAUGGAAGCCAAGCCGAUGACAGGUGGUUGAAGGAAACAGUAACCGGACUGUCAAAUUGCACUCAAAGCUUCCACGCAGAUCUCGUCCCAAAGUUCGAGGAUGUAUCCAACCUUAAGUUGAUGUGCAUCAAGAAGCGCCACAACUACCUGGGCCAACCAGUUCAGAAGCUGGAGCAGAGCUUGCUCGAUGCAGAGCGGGAGAUCUUGAAGUCGAUCACGAGGCUGGCUGCCGAAGUGGAGGCCUUGUCGGAGAUUGGCCGUCUGGCCAUGCACCAAGCGGCGGCUCUGGCUCCGGUGGCCAGCUCCUGGCGCAAGGCAGCCACUGCAGCGCUCAGCAUUGUGCAGCGGCUGUGGCAGCUGGCGAAAACGGGUCCUGAGGAGCAGAAGAGCUUUUUUACUCGACUCCUAGCUGUCCUGGACCGCUCACCCCUCGCAGCAGAUGUGCUUGCGAGAGGUUUCAGAAAGCGCGGUGGGGAGGGGAGGUCGAGCGGAGGUGGCCCAACGACCCUUAACUUCUCGACGUCUUCGUCAUCGAAGGUGCAGGCGCGUCCCAAGGCUCCUGCAACGAGAGACCGUGGGAGCACAGCUUCUCAGGUAUCGUCCCGGAACUCGCCCCGUGGCCAAGGCCCAGGCUCGCGACGCACAUCGAGUACCACGAGUGCCUGUGUGUCCCCACGGAGAGACAAGGCCCAGGCGAAGGCGAAAGAAGCACCAAAGCCGUGCUUCUCACCGGCUUGGCCUGCAGAUAUCUUUGCUCGAGAAGAGGCAAGUCCUUGUGCACAUAGCCCUCGGGGUGAUGGCAGAGGCAGAGAUGCCUGGAAUCGCGCAGAAUCUCCCCAUGACUGCAUUGCAUCCGCCCGCAGCAGAUCUCCGGAGAUGGACGGUGUCAUGCGCAGAUCUGGCGCAGGCAGAUCUUCGGGUGGCGGACCAUCGUCGAUUUGCCUUGGAGACACACCGUCGAAGACGCCUGCCCUGCGCAUUCCGCAGAGGGCUUUCUCCGAUGGGCCCGGUCUGCAACCUCGAGAGUCUCGCGAGCCCCGGGAGCGAGAGCCAGGCAAGGAGAAGGAGCGCAGUUGGCGCCGGCAAAGCGACCUAAGCGUGAAAAGCCUUUCGACCUACUGCCCAGAGGACACGCCAUGUGUGGCAGUGAGUGCAACCGAUGCAGGGGAGGAUCGGGGCUUGGCAUACGACGAUCUCUUUGCCGAGAACAGGCUUCUGCGGGCAGAAAAUGCACAACUACGUUCGGAGCUGGAGAAGUACCAAGCCUGGUAUGAGCAGCUCACCGCCAGCUACUACAACGGAAACGGAUACUUGAAAAAGUAG